AUGGCCCCCAACCCCGCCGCAAUCGCCCUCCUGGCUGCCCUCGACGGCAAUCUCCGCCUCCUCAAGAAAAUGUCCAAAAAGAUGGAUUUGCGGGAAACAAAGGACCCCAAAGGGCUCAACGCACUCCAUUUCGCUGCAAAUAAGGGGUCCCUGGAGAUUUGCAAGUUCCUGUUGGAGGACGUGGGGGUCGAUGUCAACUCGGUAUCAAGCGUAGGUGCGACACCGAUGUUUUAUGCUGCACUCAAGGGAAAUCUUCAGGUUGCCAGAUAUCUUCUCGAUCAUGGUAGCGAUCCGGCGAAACCUAGUGAGAGGGGCUUAACGCCGCUGCACAAUGCAGCAGAGCAUGGGCAUUGUGAGAUUGUAAGACUGUUGCUGUCCAAAGGAGUUGACGUGGAUGUUAUCAAUUACCGAGGGACACCAUUACAUAUGACUGCUGCAAAGGGUCAGCAUCAGGCCAUGAAAAUUCUGCUGGAGCAUGGUGCUGAUCCCAACAGAGUAGUCAAUCAUAUCUUCUCACCACUAAUGAUGGCAUGCUGUGGGAACUCCUUGGAAUGCAUGAAGCUACUGAUUGAGGCUGGUGCUGAUGUGAAUGGUAAUAGUAGCUCUGGACCAACUCCUUUAACGGGGGCAGUUGAUGAUGGCUCAACUGAAUUCGCCAAGUUCUUGCUGGAGGCUGGAGCUGACCCUAACAUUCCUAACCAGCACGGGGAUAUUCCAAUCAAGAGAGCAGCAGUCCGUGGUCAACGUGAACUUGUUGAGCUUCUGUUUCCUAAGACAAACCCAAUUCCAUCUGUGCCUGAUUGGAGUGUUGAUGGGAUAAUUACAACUAUGAAAUCUCCACAGACCAGGGUUCAGGAUAGAGCUUCUGCAGAAGAACGGAAAGCUGAUUUGAAGUCACAAGGGAAGGAAGCAUUUGCAAAGAAGGACUACUUUACAGCAAUGUACUACUAUGGACUGGUGAUGGAGAUAGACCCACUUGAUGCGACCCUGUUUGCUAACCGGAGCCUCUGCUGGCUGCGCAUGCGAGAAGGGGACAGAGCACUGGCAGACGCUCAACGGUGCAAAAUGCUGCGUCCUGGUUGGUCCAAGGCAUGGUACCGAGAGGGCUCAGCUCUCAUUUUCAUGGAGGAUCACCAAAGGGCAGUUGAUGCGUUCCAGGAGGCGCUGAGACUCGACCCUGACAGCAGUGAGAUCAAGAAGAUGUUAAGCGAGGCCAAAAGUAAGGCUACUCGCUAA